AUGGCGGACAAAACAGAGGAUUAAGGUUUCGCCAAAUAACAGCUGAAAAUUAAGUUAGAUACUUGCAAUAUUGCCAUCUUCUUGGUAAAAGCUGCUUUGAUAAUAUUUUUUUCAGAGUUUAAGUUUUUUUUGAAUUGCCUAAACCGCUACUCCUCCAAAGGUAGUAUGUUUGCCGCAGUCACUCGCUCAACAAGACGGGUUAAUGUUACUUGCCAUCUGCAUUUGGGAAUUCAAGGUAUCUGUGCCGCCAGGAAAGCAUGUUAUAGCGAUGGAAUGAAAUUUCACGAAGGACCUCUACAGUUGUACAAGUCAUAUGUAGGAAGAAAAGUUCUGAAGCCUGAUGACUCACAGCUGAAAGUAGUUUGCAAUCUUCAAAGCCUUCAUGAGCGACUCAAAGAUUAUGAGUCUCAAAAGCAAUCAAUGAACCAACUGUGCACACCCCAAGGACUUUAUCUUUAUGGUGGGGUAGGUAGUGGCAAAACAAUGCUCAUGGACAUCUUCUAUGACAGCAUUCAAGUUCCCAACAAGAAGCGCGUACAUUUUUACUCCUUCAUGCUUCAGUUGUAUUCAGCCAUUAAUCGGUGGAACCUUUGUUGUCCAAGUGAUGAGCUGACUUAUGAUAUAACUCCAGUGGAGUCCAUUGCCUCUGAGCUGGCUGGAGAGGCUUGGUUGCUCUGCUUUGAUGAGAUGCAGCUGGCUGACUUUGCCUCGACCCGGCUUUUGGAAGGAGUGUUUCGUAAAAUGUUGGAAAGUGGAACAGUUAUAGUAACAACAUCUAACAGAUCUCCGAAUGAACUAGGGGCUUCAUCAUUUGGACGCGAAAGUGAGGCUCUAGAUUCAUUAACGUCACUAGUCGCUUUACUCACCGAGCAUUGUGAAUUGGUUGCUAUGGAUUCUGAAAAGGAUUACCGCACCAAUCAGAAACGUGGAAAGGACAAUUAUUUCAGUCCUCUGACUAAACACACAGAAAAGGUAUUCGACGAAGCCUUUUGUGAAGCAGUGGGGCGUGGUCGGCGGCUGACAUCGGUUUCGCUUCCCGUGUAUGGUCGGAAGGUCAUAGUCCCUAUUGCUUCCGAUAAUGGCAUUGCUAGGUUCACUUUCAACGAGCUGUGCAGGUCUCCUCUAGGGCCGGCCGACUACAUUACGAUCUGCAAUGCUUUUCACACGGUCUUCUUGGAGGACAUACCGCAGAUGACCAUCUACCAAAAGAACGAAGCUAGGCGCUUUCUGAGUUUUGUCGAUGCAGCUUAUGAAAGUAAAGUGCAACUUUUCUGCACGGCGGCCAGCUCACCUGAUGAGUUGUUUCAACUGCUCCCUAGCGAUGACCCGCUACAAGAAGACAAGAUGCACAUGGAAAUGAUGGGUGAGAUGGCUUAUGAUCUUGAGCUCACCCAGCUCGAACUGAGCUCGCUCGGAAUAUUGACCGGCGAGGAGGAAAUCUUCUCGUUCAAACGUUGCAUUUCGCGUCUGAAGGAAAUGCAAAGCGAACUUUAUCAGUCCCAGAAACACCGUCUCCAAGCGUUCUCUCCCUAUCUCGGUUCUUUUGAAGAACGUCUGCAAUCGGAAAAUCGUCGAAGGGAGCGCGAGCACAAGCGACGAGUGAAAAUGCUAGAGGCCUCGGGAGAUGGCAGUGAAGCUCUCCGCCAAUUACCACUGACGCCUCUGACAACAGGCUCCUCGGACUGGGCGGACGAAGCCAGUUACGUCACUUGGAGUAAUGACAUCAUGAGGAAAGAAUUGCAAGACUUGGAAAGGAAGAGAAGCGGGGAGUUGGUGACGAGACAGGACGCUCCUAAAUUCAAUGAGGAACACUUCUGGGGUUUUGGGUGGUGGGAAAAGGUUGUGGGAAAAAGAAAAGCUAAACCAACACCAAACAACGAUCACACAACUAACCACACGAAAGGCUGAAUCCAAAUUGGUUUGAACCAAAAACCAAAACUUAACCCCCCAUCCUCUUCCUCUUAAAGACCACAACAACUGUUACUUUACUCAGAUGCAACGACGGCUAGUAAAGUAUAUAUUUUUUUAACCAUUUCCUCAUAGGCCUUUAGUACUGUACAGUAAAACUCUAAAAUCUAUUCAUUUAAUUGUGGGGUAAUAUGAAAUCCAAGUAAUUUCAUUAUGCAACGAUAUGCGUUGGGGAAAAAGACACGGGUUAGAUAUCCUCUGUUUCCGCGUAGUUAUUUUUUGAGCUCAAAGCUGCAAUUACCUUGCGUAAACUUACCACAUGAAGCAAGCAGGGUUUGUUUUGCAGGUUAAUUUAGUGACCCCUCGCCCCUCCCCUCUUCCCGAGAACCUCUGUUAGUGUGAAAAUAAUAUCUGACAAGGCAAAUUUUUUUUAAAAUUUAAUCCAUUUAGUAUAAUUAAUAUUUUAAUAUCCAGGGUGAGAAACAAUCCCUGUCAGGGAAAACUUUAUUUGGAAUUUUAAAAAUACAUGCGAGUGUAAAGAAACCACUGAUAGUUUUUCAAAACAAAUGAAAAUCAGAUUUAAAACCUCCCGAGUGGAGGCCAUUCGGUCUUCAUCGCAAAUCCGGUGCUCAUGAUCCGAGCGUUGUGACGACUUAAACCCACAUUGGCGAAGAAAGGUCUAAUACAUUACGUGGGCCUGCUAAGCGAAAGUGUCGAUUUCCAUGACUUUUAAUGCCAAAUGGUUUUAUCAUCUCGAGGUCGUUGUUCUGGAUCAUGACUCGACUGAGAUGAAAUGGUUUCAGCCAGUAGAUUCUGGACCGAUACGAGAUGUGCUCCAUUCAACUGUUACUGCCUUGUUGGAGGCCACAAACAAUUGGGCCUUCAACAUUGAUAAAGGCAGUAUAAAUGCAGUUGUUUUUCUCGACCUAAAAAAGGCUUUUGAUACCGUUGACCAUACAAUUCUUAUGUCUAAAUUAUUUGAAUAUGGUAUCCGCGGUAUC